GCAUGUUAGUGACGGUUAUCUGUUUUAUUGAUCACGUGACCGAUCUGUCCUCACGCGCGUCCCUCGCUCUGUCUAUAUAUACGCUAAUGUGUUGUGCUAAUUAGGCAAGACGUAAGCUUGACAACUUUGAGGGAGGAAAAAAAAACCCACCCCAAACUAAACAAAAUCCCAAUCUUUUUGUUCGACCUGUUACAACUAUUAAUGGAUGAAUGAAAUUCGUUUGGUGUUUCUGAGUCCCGGCGAAAAUAAAACAACAAUAACUGGCUGAGGCGGUUUAUCGUUUCACCUUGUGAAUAAAAGGUUGAUGGAUCCAGCGCAGCCUGGCCAAAGCUGCUCGUUCCUGAUGCAGUCCACAGGAGCACCGAGGCUUAGCCCAUCUUCAGUUCCCAUCUUGCCCCCUCCGGCUUCAGUCUUAAACCCUCCAGCACUCAGCACUGCCAAGACAUCAGAUACGUCCCUGCAGGAACGUGGAGGCCCAGCGUCCACCUCUUUAGUGUCCGGCUCUGUUAGCAUCAGCCGACCCAGGCCUUCUGCCAAAUCUGGGGUAAAAUCCCCCAGAACCGUGGACCCUCCUGCCAUUUUACCUAUUAUUCCAGCGACAAGAUCUACAUCUCAGUCUCCUACGGAGUCACUACAAGGACGCCGCAGCCCACAGAGCUUGCAAAAUUCCCAACUCAGCCCCAAAGAUGCUCAGCUCAGUCCAAAUGCUCCACUUAGUCCAAUUCACACCCAGCGCAGCCCUAGCACCAAGCCCAACUCAUUAAAUUUCCCUAGUCCUUCUGUACAACCUGGUCGGAGUGCAAAUACACACUCGAGUCUCCUUCCUAAACCAAACCUUAACGCUCAGUCCAUCCCUAUCCCACAAACCAAUCUCCAGAGCCAAACUCCAGAGCCGAUCAUCAUAAGUCCUGGCACUGCAGAAAAAGCUCCUCACAAGAGGCCCUACAAUGAUGAUGGAGAUUUUAGGGUUCACAUCGUCACGUGGAACGUCGGCUCAGCGAUGCCACCUGAUGACAUCAGCAGCCUUUUCAGCCCAGGAGUCAGUGAUGGGAGCACAGACAUGUUUAUCAUUGGGCUACAAGAGGUCAACUCUAUGAUCAAUAAGAGGCUGAAGGAUGCUCUUUUCGUAGACCAGUGGAGUGAGCUGUGCAUGGACACACUCGGCCGCUCCGGUUACGUGCUGGUGGCGUCUCAGAGGAUGCAGGGGGUUUUGCUGCUGGUUUUCUCCAAGUUUUGCCACUUGCCGUUCCUGCGUGGGAUUCAGACCCAAAGCACACGAACCGGCCUCGGCGGCUGCUGGGGAAAUAAGGGUGGAGUAAGUGUGAGGAUGAUGAUGUACGGUCACCCCGUGUGCUUUCUAAACUGCCACCUGCCGGCUCACAUGCGGAACCUGGAGCAGCGCAUCGAGGACUUUGAGAGCAUCCUGCAGCAGCAGCAGUUCGAAGGCGGAGCUGCCGUGGGCGUGCUGGACCACGAUGUCGUGUUCUGGUUCGGUGACCUGAACUUUCGCAUCGAUGACUACGAUAUCCACGUGGUGAAAAGUGCAAUAGAGAACAAUAAACUGUAUGUGCUCUGGGAGAAAGAUCAGCUCAACAUAGCGAAGAAAAGCGAGUCUGUGAUGGAUGACUUUGUGGAAGGCCCUCUGAAUUUCCCACCGACCUACAAGUUUGAUGUGGGAACACACACCUAUGACACAAGCACUAAGAAGAGGAAACCUGCUUGGACAGACCGAAUCCUGUGGCGUCUCCGCAGGACAGGUUCCCCCGUGCCAUCCCACAACUCGGCGCUGCAGCGAGGUCUUACCUCGUGGCUUGGUGGGGCCACACGGGUCACGCAGAGCUUUUACCGCAGUCACAUGGGCUACACCGUUAGCGACCACAAACCUGUCUCUGCCCUUUUCUCUCUGCAUUUUCCCUUUAAGCUGGAUAUACCAUUAGUCGAGCUUGAGGUGGAAAAGGAGUGGACCAAAGUGUCGGAUGCGACGGCUAAGUUUACUAUAGCAUCAGGUUUCCAGAGAAGUUCCUGGGACUGGGUGGGAUUGUACAAGGUGGGAUUCAAACACCACAAGGACUAUGCAGCCUAUGUCUGGGCCAAAUCAGACCAUUCCACUCAGGUGACUUUUCCAGAAGAGGAUUUGCCUAGAGACGCAGGAGAAUACGUGCUGGGGUACUACGGCCACAACAUGAACAGCAUUGUGGGAAUCACAGAGCCGUUCCAGGUUCAGUUACCUGUCUGUUCCCCUCCUGCUCGGCCGUGUCCGUCCCACUCGGACAGUUCGGAUGCGAGCUCAGAGGACGACAGCACUCUGGUCCUGCUGGCUUCCAGCUCGCGUAGUCCGAGUCCCAGGACACGCUCCAAUAAACGCCAGCAGCAUAGUCACCAUCGCAGUCACAGCCCGGCUGUACCCGCUCUUCAGUCCCUCAGUCUGAAACCCAGAGACUCGUCCGUUUCACCCCGCCAGGCCCCGAACACCAAGAAGGAGCGUCUGUUUUCCCCUGAGUCACCCUCACCCUCUCUUAGUCCUCUGAGCCCCGCCAAUGGCAUCACUGUCCCCGAAGCACUCGUUGCCGCCAUCCUGGGGGAACACAGACCACCUCAGGGCCAGAUCCCAGCCAAGAGUGGCGACUCUAACCGAUGACCACACAUCUGCUCUCCAAGACUUGUAGAAUGCUAAUACACGUGUGAGAGUCAUGGUUUUUAGACGUAGCUCGGACCUGUUUCUGUGUCGCCCUACAGUCUGUUUUCUGCACAUUCAUCUCUUCAAAUCGGUGCCGGUUCGAGCCUUGCUAUUGGGUCUCCUUCUGUUAUUACAAUCUGCUGUGCUCUUGAGCUUUUUGAGUGUAGGUAGCUAGCUUGUUAUCUUGCUAAUGUCUGGAGACCACUACCAGACUUUUAUGAUGAGAGCUAACCUGCUAACAUGUCAUAAAGUUUAUUAGCUAGCUUGCUGUUGAGCAUCAAACUCAUCUGCUCUAACUCGUCGCGUACCUCCGAUUGUAGUUUCUCAAACUAGCUAGCUAUUUUGCUAGCUACUUUUCUGAAUACUGAGCUACUGUUAGCGUCCACUCUUCAGACACGAAAGUAAGCUAAACUAAGCAGCAACUAGCAAGACUUAGUGCUUUCAAAUGUUUAGCAACGGCAAACGUCUCUUUGUGGCUGGUGGACAGAUUGCUAGGUCCGUGUUUAUCUUGGCAAAUUGUUUCAGCGAUCCAAGCGUGGCAGUUGUUAUAGAAUAGUUCUAGGCUGUUUAUCUUUAAAUAUGUGCUAACUGUAGUGAUCAACAUACUUUUGUUUGUGUAUCAAAUAUUAACAUGUUCUUCCAUCAGCAUAUGAGAUUUUUUUUUACCCAUGUGAUAAAAAGAGUCGGAGUUCACAUCACCUCCACAUCAGCACAUGUACUGUACGGACUGGUGUAAAUUAGCCGACAGUAGUUUCUACAGAGUUCAUUAGUCUUAGGUAUUCUCUUGAGGUCAUUCUGAAAAAUAGCAUUCUCCUAUAUAUAUCUGCUAAUUUCCAUCAUUUCCUUGUCGGUGAUUAAAAGAGUAAUAACAGCAUCACACUUCCCUAUAGAAACUAUAUACACAGUCAGGUCCAUAAGUAUUUGGACAGUGGCACAAUGCCUCUGUACACCACCACAGUGGAUUUAAAAUCAAGAUGUGAUUGAAGUGUAGACUUUCAGCUUUAAUUCAAGGGCUUUAACAGAAAUAUUUAGGAAUUCCAGCCAUUUUCACAGGCUCGAAAGUAAUCGGACAAACUAUCAAUCAUAAACAUUGGGAAUAUUUUUAAUACUCGGACGCAAAUCCUUUGCAGUCAAUGAACCAAAUGCUGAGGUUCCUCCCGUGAGAUGGUUUGCUUUGCCUUUACUGCGACCACAUUCAGAAGCUGCUUGUUUGUGGGUCUUUCCUUCAGUGUUGUCUUCAGUAAGCGAAAAGCAGCUCAGUUGUGUUGGGAGGUCAUCGUACAUUUAAGUACUAAACUAAACUAAGUCAUUAUUCGGCAUGAGCACCCUUCGCCUUUAAAAAUUCAUCGGUAGCCUCGGGUAAACUUCGUAGAAUUUUCUGAGAAUGUUUGCAGAUACGUUUUUCUUGUUGUCUUCUGAAGACUGUCGCACUUGCUUCUGUUUUUAAUGGAUAGAUAGACUUCAGCAAAACUGUAUACGAUUGAGUGCACUAGCAGGCUUCAGUUACUAUAUUCAUGCAGUCACAUGGUAGGUCUAACGGGCGAGGUCUGGGUAUGUUAUAGCUGACUAAUUUAAUAAUUUAAAGUUGACUCACUGUGACAGUUGUGACAAACAUAUGACGUCAGUUUUUUUUUUCCUCUGACGUGGACUUUUCUGCUAACGUUGUCAUUUUAACAUUGAUUUUGUAAUCAGAAUUGAUGAGAUUCUGUGGGUUUUUUUUGUGCACUGUACAUGAUUUGCCAAGAUACACACAGGCCAUGGCUCCAGUCCAUUUCAGUUUAAACACCAAUUCACACCAGAGGCAUUUCUAAAGUACAUUUUUGCUCGCAGGUGAGACAGCCAAUGCUUGUUUGACACACCUUCUCUCUUUUUUCUUUCUGUCACUCAUAUUGGUGCAUAAAUGAAGCAUGUGCACCACAGAAAUCAACCGAACACACCCGAUCACUUUUUCUAAAUAUUAAUGCUGGGGAUUUAAUUUUAAAUAAUAAUCCACAAAGAUAUCUUGACUGUGCAUCGUGUAGUUUCAUAGCAAAGGGUUUUACUCAUAGAUAACUAAAUCGUUUGUUCAGUGUACCACGGUCUUAUGCGACGUGUUUAGAAAUUUUUCUGCGCAUAUCAUCCAUCUUUUUCUGACACCUGUAGAUUUCGCCGUUCGUUUUCUUGAUAAAAACGCCUGCCGUCCUUCGAGCUAGUAGUGCUGUGGAUAGGACAGGCUAACACUAGCUCUGUAUGGACGAGAAAAAAAAAUCAGACGCUAAUAGUGCUGUGAGCUUUGUUCAUUCUCGCUCAGUAAUCUACUCAUGCCUUGUGAUCAUAUGCAGAAAUUUUGUGAUUUCUUUUCGACCCACCUAAUGCAGGAGAAUCUGAAUCUGAACAUUCACAUCAUGUUGUUGGUGUAGGAGAAGAAAAAAAAAGCCAUAAUCUACAGGAUGUCUAGCCUUAUUGUUCAAUACUGCUACAAAACACAAGGUGCGCUGGUUAAACUGGUUUACCUUCUUUACUAGCACAAGUUCACAUAUUUAUUUCUCAAUUUAGACAAGUAAUAAUGAAGCUGGGAAACAACUGACCAGCUGCAAAUGUGGUAUACCAGUUUGACCGGAUCAGCUUCGGUUUUGGUAGCUGGUCAGAUUACGCUGGAUUUUUCAGCAUGGAGUUCUGUCCAGGUGAACAGGAUCCAGCUUUUAUUGAUGUCUUACAGUAGUAAAGUGAGUGCAGACGUUUGCAUAGAUUUAUAUUGAUGCUCCCUCGUUAUCACAUGUAACAAAAAUAAAUAUAUUUCUUUUAAAAUCA